CUACACGAGAGAAUGAGGACGAAAAUAGUUGCAUUGAUGAAUUAUAUAUUAUUGAAAAAUGUGAGAAUCUCUUUUGGUGACACGCUGAUUGACCGAAUUUGAAAGUAUCGAAAAGAUAAUCGAUCCUUUAAAAAAAGAAAAAACGAACGAAAGAAAAAAUCGAUCAUCGAUUUAUCGGUCAUACACUAUCCAUCUCUAUCUGAUGUGCUGUCAUAUCCUGAUGAGAGAAAGAAAAGUGUGUGUUUUGUCUAGUCGAAAGUUGCAUGGGCCUGUGUGUUCAUUAAUUCCCUUAUUAUCGUUACUAUGAGAUAGCAUUGUGAUGACAAGUAAAUAUUGAAUUAUUUAGACGAACGCGACAUGACGUCUAAAACUGUAUGCAUCACUCAAGAAGGACCUGCGAAUGCCUUAGCUCUUAAUAAAGAUAAUAGCCAAGUUGUGAUAGCCGGUCGCAAUGUUUUCAAAAUACUUACAUUAUUGGAAGAUAGAUUUGAGGAGACCUGCAAUCUUCGAGUUGGAAAGAACUUAAAUCUUAAUUUUUCUUGCAAUGAUGUUGCGUGGAAUCUUAUUGAUGAUCAUAUUUUGGCAACUGCAGCUACUAACGGAGCUGUUGUUGUAUGGAAUCUGAAUAGACCGUCCCGGUCGAAACAAGAGCAUGUAUUUAUGGAUCACAAAAGAACUGUGAAUAAAGUAAGCUUUCACACAACAGAACCUAUGAUAUUGAUAUCUGGCUCGCAAGAUGGUACUAUGAAAUGUUUUGACUUACGAACAAAGGAAGCUGUUAAAACAUUUCUAAGUAAUACAGAAUCCGUGAGGGAUGUUCAAUUUUGUCCACACCAAUUGCAUAUGUUUGCAGCAGUUUCUGAGAAUGGUCAUGUGCAACAGUGGGACAUGAGAAGGCCUGAUCGUUAUUUUCAGCAUUUUACCGCACACAGCGGCCCGAUAUUCGCUUGCGAUUGGCAUCCUGAAUCUAUCUGGCUCGCUACGGCAUCUAGGGACAAAACAAUUAAAGUUUGGGAUUUAUCGGCUAAACCAAGUUGUGAUUAUACUAUACACACAAUUGCAUCAGUAGGACGCAUAAAAUGGAGGCCGCAAAAGAAAUAUCAUAUAGCUAGUUGCGCUCUAGUAGUCGAUUGCAGUAUAAAUGUGUGGGACAUACGAAGACCGUAUAUCCCAUUCGCGAGUUUUAACGAGCAUAAGGAUAUUCCGACGGGUGUAGCAUGGAGAGGCAGCUCGCAAUCUUUUUUGUCCACCAGCAGAGAUUGCACGCUAUAUCAUCAUGUAUUCGAAGACUCCACGAGACCAGCCAGUAAAGCGAAUCCGCAAGGUAUUGCAUUGAAUCCGAACGGUGACAUUGUUUACGCUUGCAAGAUGAACGUAAACGUAACAACUCCUGCAAAACAGAAAACACCUACAACUAAUGAUACCUUUUGCAUGGCUUCAAGUAUAAUGCAUAGAUUUAGUGUAAAUUCGUUGCAUAAGCCAAUGUGGUUCAAAACAUUCGCGGAAGGCUAUCUGCUUUCUGGAAGGUUAGACGAAAUCUGUGAUCACAACGCAACCGUCGCGAGCAACAGUGGCAGACAUGACCUUAGUAGAGUAUGGAAUAUUAUAAAGACUUUAUAUGCAAAUCCCCUUAAUGGUUCCAUCUUAAAAACACCACCAGCGGUUCCGAAGGAAGAUAUCGCUAGUACUUCGAAUUUGGCACAAAUCACAAAAAAUUCCGGUAUGGAACAAUCAAACGCAGGCAACGAAAGUGACGUGAAGUCUCUUCAAGGGGAAAACCAAGCUGGUGCUACUAGUGGCGGUGAGGAUGAGACAGAGACGGACGAAACGCCAGAUAAUCAAAAUUUCGCAGAUCCUGUCUUGCCGAAUUACAGGAGACCGCUUGCUAGUCACACGGGACUGUCGAAAGGUGACUUCAUCUUUGGAGAAAGCGAACUUGAACCCAUGACUCUAGAAUACAACAGUGGUUUUAUAAGAGACAUGAUAGAUAACGACGACGAUUGGGCGUUAUCCAAGGAAGCUUUUCCUUUACGGCACGAAAUAAAGGAUCCGUCUCCACCACCAGAACAGUUUCCCAAUCAUCCUUCUGACCUCAACGAAGACUCAGCUUCCGUUGUGGUCGAGGAUCAACCGUGUCAGCUGGUAGUGUCGGCUAUACCUAAGCCAUUGUCUUGGGAUCCUACGCGUUUGAUUGUGGAAGCAUUGAAUCAUCACGCGGACAUAAGGGACGUGCAGACGUCGGCAUCAGUCCUCAUUGCUUUAGGAGAAAAGAGAAAAGACUUAAACAUUGAGAUAGCUACACAAGAACACUGGUUAAUGGAAUACUUAGACAUGCUCUGCAGGUUCAAGCUCUGGCAUGUAGCUACACAGAUCAUACAAUUAGCGUGGAUUCCUUCCAUAUCGCAAAUCAAUCAACAGUCAACUCUGAUACAUACGUGCUGUUUAGCGUGCACUAAGCCGUUGCAACGAUCCGCGUGGUUGUGUGAUCGUUGCCACACAUCUGAGCACGCUCUCUGUUCCGUCUGUCAUCAGGUGGUACGUGGAAUAUAUGUAUGGUGUCAAGGAUGCACACACGGAGGUCAUAUAAAUCAUAUGAGCGAAUGGUUCAACUGUAAUCGGCAAUGCCCAACAGGUUGCGGACACACAUGUGAAUAUACGUGAAAUGGAUAUCUGGUUAAAACUAGACGAUUGUAAAUAAAAAUGCAAAUAAAUAUGAGCCAGGAGAGAAAUGACGGAAGCGCGACUUAUGUUGCUCAACAGACUGAUAUAAAUAACGACAGACAGCUUAAAGAAUGUGUAAAAAAAUGAGUUUAUAUCCAUAAGUGAUACUAAUUAAUUUAAUGUAUUUUAAUGAUUUAUAUAUCACUCAUUUUUUUAAUUAUACAUAGUAUAAAAC